CUAGCGCUCAAAAGUCGAUGUGGUUCUUAAAAUUUGACAGCAGAAAGAGUGGCAUUCAGGGGGAAAAGGGCAGGGCCAUUGAGGAUAAAAAGAACAAACUUCGGCUGGGAAAAGAACAGAGCCAUUUAGGAUAAAAUCACCUCCCCUGCAACCAAGUGUGUUUAAAAUUUUUUUGUUUCUUCACCACUGUAGUGUUCAUGAAUCGAAAUUAGUCUCGAGUCCUCGUUUUUUCUUCAUAGGUUAAGUUAUUAACUCUUUCUCUCUUUCUCUGUUUCACUUGGAUUUUACGUCUGGAUAUGCUUCCCAAUUUCAAACAAUUUGUCUCUUUAUCACCUUUAAUUUUUCAAAAUUUGUGAUUUACAACUCUGCGAAAAACCCUUAAUUUUCUAAUUCUAAUCUGAAAUUGGGUUAGUGGGAAUUCCUUGUAUCUGUAGUGGGUGGCCGUUAAAAAUCAUAUUUUUUACUCAGUUUUGUUGAAUGAGAAAGUUGUAGAUGGCGAGCCGGCUCUCCCUGUCAAAGAGGCAAUUGUCACAGCAGCAUCAGUCAAGGGCUAGGUGGACUACAUUCUUAACAAAGGUUCUUACGGACUUGAUGGUUGAUCAAGUUCAUAAAGGGAAUAGAAAAAACAAUUCUUUCAACAGGAAAGCUUGGAGAUUUAUAUGUGAUGAAUUCUAUAAAAAAACUGGUCUCAAGUGGGAUAAGGAGCAACUCAAGAAUAGAUAUUCUGUUUUGAGAAGACAGUAUGGCCUUGUGAAGUCUCUUCUUGAUCACAGUGACUUCGUUUGGGAUGACUCCACUGGGACUAUUAUAGCUACUGAUGAAGCCUGGGAUAAAUAUGGCCAGGGACAUGUUGAUAUAGAGAACAUAAAACUGAAUGGAUGCCCUCUCUAUAGACAAUUAAGUUUAAUAUUCUCUGAGUCAGUGACUACCAAUGGGAAAAAUGUCCCGUCAGCUGAACUUGACGGAGCGCUUUCUUCAGAAUCUGAGGAUGAAAUGGCAGAUGAUCAAGAAAUCCCAUCUGCUAUGCCUAGUUCUAAUUCAACUACAAUACGAAAUAAAGGUCGAAAGGGUAUCAAUGAUGCUAUUGCAAGAGCUAUAUUAGAAAUGGCAGCAGCUUCAAAGAUGAGAACAGCUGCUGUAAACUACUCUAGUAGCAGAUACUCUAUUGCUAGUUGUAUCAAAGAAUUGGACCAAAUGCAGAUAGUUGAAGAACAAGUCUAUCUGGCAGCUCUAGAUCUGUUCCACAACCGUAAUGCAAGAGAAACAUUCUUGUCUCUCAAAGGCGAUAAAAGAUUGAUUUGGUUACGCAGAAAAUGUAUUGGGCAAUGGCAAUCCAGUGCCUGAUACUGAUAGAACUCUGCAUAUAAUUAGUCCCAAAUAUUGUCCAUAGUGAAACAGAAGUUAUAGUUGUUUUGUAUUAUUAUACUUAAUAAAAUUAAUUUAUAAAUCA